GUUCUGGGAGUGAGUGAUUGACUUUAUCAGUCCAAGGACAUCAUCCGCCUGGAAAGGGGGGGAAGUUUGAUCCUCUUUCUCACGGAUCGCAGUCAACGGGAGUUUUUUUUUCCUCCCAACUCUUUACGCAUAGGAUUUUUCUCCGUUUUGGCUUGGUGUGUUUUUUUUUAUUUUAGGAUUUAUCGCUUAACGUGGUAAAUCUCUGCGCGGUGUCUGCAGCUUGCGCGCUCCGCUAAACUGGAUUUUAAUUUUAUUUUCUCUUUUCUUCCCGUCUCCUAAGUUUGCUUCAAGCUCAUGACUAUGCUUCUAGAUAGCGGUCCGCAGUUUGCAUCGUUAGGAGUGGGGGGUUUCGGGACACCACGGCACCACGAAAUCGGGAGCAGAGACCCGAGUCUGGGACUGAAUCCCUUCUCAGAUUCAUCCCACUCCGCAGCUUUCAAAAUCAGCCCAGUGGCUCACGAUAUCGCCUCCAGUCAGACAUCAGCUUUCACCCCGCAAGCCACUGGAUAUGCAGCUGCCCUGGGACACUCUCACGGCGGGCAGGUGGGCUCGUACGGUGGAGGAGCGUUCAAUUCAACACGGGACUUUCUCUUCCGGAACCGGGGUGUUGGAGAGUCCACAGCGCCGAGCACCCAGCAUGGGAUCUUUGCAGCUUCUGCGGGGAGCCUCCAUGGGCCGCCCGGGAUCACCGAUAACCCCGGACAUCUGUUGUUUCCGGGACUUCACGACCAGGGGGUGAGCCACUCUUCACCGAGUGGACAUGUGGUUAACGGCCAAAUGCAUCUUGGCUUACGCGGGGACAUUUUCGGAAGACCUGAUCCGUAUCGUCCGGUUGCAAGCCCUCGGACGGACCCCUACGGGGCUCAGCUCCACAACUACAGCCAUCCUAUCAACAUGAACAUGGGGAUGAAUGUGCCGACACACCACGGCCCAGGGGCCUUCUUUAGAUACAUGAGGCAACCGAUUAAACAAGAAUUAUCCUGUAAAUGGAUAGACGAGAACCAGAUGAACAGACCCAAAAAGACUUGCGACAGGACUUUCAGCACCAUGCACGAGAUGGUCACUCAUGUGUCCAUGGAGCAUGUCGGCGGCCCGGAGCAGAGCAACCACAUCUGCUACUGGGAGGACUGCCCGAGAGAAGGGAAAUCUUUUAAGGCCAAGUACAAACUCGUCAACCACAUCCGUGUGCACACGGGCGAGAAACCGUUCCCAUGCCCGUUCCCCGGAUGUGGGAAAAUAUUCGCCAGAUCAGAAAAUUUGAAAAUUCACAAAAGAACACAUACAGGUGAGAAGCCGUUUAAGUGUGAAUUUGAUGGCUGUGACAGACGCUUCGCCAACAGCAGCGACAGGAAAAAGCACAUGCAUGUGCACACAUCAGACAAGCCAUACAUCUGCAAAGUGUGCGACAAGUCAUACACACACCCCAGCUCUCUCAGGAAACACAUGAAGGUACAUGAGUCUCAAGGAUCUGAAUCAUCUCCAGCAGCAAGCUCUGGAUACGAGUCGUCCACACCGCCAGUGCUGGUUUCAGCCAGCACUGAAGAUCCGACAAAAACACCGCCGUUAGCCGUACAAAACACGUCUGGCCACAGCGAAGGACUGGCACCCAACUUUAAUGAAUGGUACGUUUGAAGUCAGAAGAACAAACCCUCUUCUCAAUGUGGACCACGGAGAUGAGGAUAAAAACCUUAAAAAAA